AGUUUGACUUGACGAUAUUCAUUGACGUGCGAUGUGCACAUAAUUGUAGUGCUGCGUACUAGAUAAAAGUUUAUUAAACUUAGAUGCUACUUGUUAGAAAUUAACGUGUUAAAUUUUUUAUAUUAAUCAUGGCGCCGAAUUUCAGUAAGAUCACAAGUAGGACCGAUGUUAAAAUCGCCCUCGCAGCAUCCGCGGCAAUCGGAGCUUGGGCGAUUAAAAACUCGCUCCAAUCAAGUCAAAGUAAACGAGUAAGACCAGGCCGUUUAUCGCCCGAAGAGCAGAUUCAAUAUAUGAUAAAGGAGAGACAUAAAAAGUUACCUAAAGCUCAAGUGGAUGCCAGAUUUUUUGCUGAACUGAAGGCAUUAUGGAAGAUUAUGGUGCCAGGGUUUUGGUCGAAGGAAAGUGGUUUCAUGGCACUGAUCGCCUUCUCCCUGAUAGCGAGGUCCAUGUGCGAUCUGUGGUUGAUCCAGCACACUACUCUAAUAGAGGGGGCUAUUAUCACAAUGAACAAGCAGGAGUUCAAAACCAGAUUGCUGCAGUUCUUUGCCGCAAUGCCAUUGAUAUCAAUAGUCAACAAUGUAUUGAAAUGGAGUAUAGGAGAAUGUAAAUUAAGAAUACGGACGAACCUUUCACUAUAUUUAUACCAGCAAUACAUGAAAGGCUUCACAUACUACCAAGUGACGAACCUGGACAACCGGAUAUCGAACGCGGACCAACUGCUCACCACGGACAUAGACAAGUUCUGCGAGACCGUCGUAGACCUGUACAGCAACAUCAGCAAGCCGAUCCUGGACAUUGGCAUCUAUCUGUACAGGCUUACCGUUAAUCUGGGCGUCAGUACUCCUGGAAUAAUGAUGGCGUACCUCCUGGUGUCAGGUGUGUUCCUGACAUACCUCAGAAAGCCUACAGCUCGUCUCACCGUCCAAGAACAAAAAUUAGAAGGCGAAUUUAGAUACGUAAACUCCAGGCUUAUCACGAAUUCGGAAGAAAUCGCUUUCUAUCAGGGCAACCACCGCGAGCAGCUGACAGUUCUAGCGAGCUUCUACAAGCUGACGCGGCACCUGCGGAACUUCCUCAACUUCCGCGUCGCUAUGGGCUUCAUAGACAACAUCAUCGCCAAGUAUGUCGCGAUCACGGUCGGAUUCUACGCGGUGUCGCGACCUUUCUUUGUCAUGGACCACAACCUGCUCACUACGGGAACCGACAACGACAGGUUUAAGCACUACUACACGUACGGGCGCAUGCUGGUAAAGAUGGCUGAAGCCAUCGGCCGCCUCGUCCUCUCUGGACGGGAGUUGAGCAAACUGGCCGGUCUCACGUCGAGAGUGACGCAGCUGCGGACUGUUCUGUCUGACGUGAACCAGGGGAAGUACACCAGGACCAUGGUGGGACAGGUGGAGAACGGGAACGGCGGUAAGUUGAUGCCGAUGCUGAUGGCGCCAGGCGCGGGCCGCAUCAUCUACCAGGACAAGAUCAUCCGCUUCGACCGCGUGCCGCUCGUCACGCCCAACGGCGACGUGCUCAUCAAGGAACUCUCCUUCGAAGUCAAAUCAGGAAUAAACGUGCUGGUAUGCGGACCCAACGGAUGCGGCAAGUCAUCCAUGUUCCGUAUGUUGGGUGAACUGUGGCCCAUCUUCGGGGGCACUCUCACGAAGCCGCCCAAGGGCAAGCUGUUCUACGUGCCGCAGAGGCCUUACAUGACCUUAGGGACCCUUAGAGACCAGGUGAUCUACCCUCAAACUCGGGAUGAGAUGGUCCGCCGCGGCCGCACGGAUGCUCAGCUGAACAGGUUCCUAGAGAUCGUACAGCUGGCGUACCUGACGAGCCGCGAGGGCGGCUGGGACGCCGUGGAGGACUGGAUGGACGUACUCUCCGGCGGCGAGAAGCAGAGAAUAGCUAUGGCCCGCCUGUUCUACCACGAGCCGCAGUUCGCCAUCUUGGAUGAGUGCACCAGCGCUGUGUCUGUAGACGUCGAGGGUCAGAUGUACCAAUACUGCAGAGAGAUGGGUAUAUCUCUGUUCACGGUAUCUCACCGCAAGUCUCUAUGGAAGCACCACGACCACUACCUGCAGAUGGACGGCCGCGGUGGCUACGUCUUUGAGGAGAUAGACGGCGACACGCAGGAAUUUGGAUCGUGAACUUUAUUGUAAUGAUCAGACGGUUCAAAAUGGCUUGGCGGUGAAAUGGUGCUUUAGUUGCGAAUGGCAAAUCGUUUUUACACGACUACAUAUUUGAGUCCGCGAAAUCGAUGCAAUAUUGCUUGUUACGUUACGUUACGUACAGAUUUUUAUUUAAAUUAUUGAUUUGAAUGUAUGAUUUUGAUUGAAUUGAAUGAAAAUGAAAAUCACCAUGUGAUGUGGCAUCAUGUUUGCAUAUGGCUAACAAUGUUCUUUUUUAAGUUUACUUCUGUAUCAUUCCUUAGGGAUAGCUUCCUGUAAUAAAUGUUUUGCCCAUAAUAAUGUAUGUAUGUAUUUCGUGCUGUAGGUAUAUUACCUAAAUGCUAUAAAUAAAUUGCAAAGCACUAUUUCACACCGACUUUUGAAAGUUCAAGCUGUUUUACGAUAGGGACCAUAGUGAAUGUUUAUGAAAUAUUAUACAUUAAAAUUUAAAAUCAAUGUUGCCAACGUUAUAAAAUAUUUCUAAUGACGCUAGAUAAAUUUAACGCUUGUUGUAAAUAUAAACUUAAUUUUGAUUGUAGAUAAUUUGAUGACAUAAUAUUAUUGUGCAAUAUUAAGUGAAAUAUUUCCCAUGUACAGUCACGUGCAAUAAUAUGUUACUCUGCGAAGCCCGUAAAAAUAUAUGAUACUAUCUUAUUUGUAGAGCCAUAAGAGCGUGUCACAUAUUUUUGCGGCCUUCGAAGAGUAAUAUAUUAUAGCAGGUGACUGUACAUGUAUGCCUACUCAAACAUUUGGAAAAUUUCAUCUGUGUUAAUUUUCAUUCCUGUAAGAUUGAAGUACUAGGUGGUAGUUAAAUAGAACGCGAUUUUAUUUGUUUAUUAAAUUAUUAUAUUAUUUGCUUUACUUUUAGAUACUGUCUGAUCUACCCAAUACCUAAUAGGCGGCAGUUUAAGAUUACUGUCUCGACGAAAAAUUUAUUUAAUUGUAAAUGGAAAUCUCUAAGGAUUUUGCGACAAAUGGCAGGCGCUUUUAGAUAAUAGCUGGCUAAGUAGGAGGAACGAAUUCAAUCGCUCUACUAAAUGCUGAAAUUUGGUGAAGUUAGGAGAGGCCAUAAUAAUUUAAAUAGAUGUAUCUGUUUACGUUUGUAACAUUUGGCUCAAAACUCUCUGAAGUUCGGAAGUUAAGUCAAGAACAAUUAAAAAAAGUAAUCUUCCAAAUUAUUGUACCGCUAUAUCUACCGAGGAGUUCGAGACUUCCGUUUCUACACUACUUAAUAAUCUUCUAAAAUCCUUUAAUAUUUGUGAUGUUUUAAUGUGAUUUAUUUAUUUACAGAAAAUAACUAAGUGUGUUGUAUGAUUUUUUUAUUGAAUGUUAUACCUGUAUCACAUUGUUUAAGCUUAUAUUUGAAUAAGAAAAGUGGGACGUUUGAUAGUGUUCAUUUAGCAUUUUAUGAAAAGUUAUGCUCAUGAUUUUUUUUUAUUUGUCUUUUGAUUGAUUUUUUUUUUACGUGAUCCUACUGUUUCUAUAUAUUUUAUAUGCCUGCUUUACUACAGUAAAAAGCUUUUAUUUAUAAUGAUUUAAUUUUUUAAUGUAUCUGGGCCGAUCAACUAUUUCUUGUUGUUAUUCUGUCCCAUCAGCCAGGAGACAAUAUUAGCAUAGUUUCUUAGAAGAGCUGCUGUACCAUGUUCUACAAACAUGCUUAGUAGAUAUCCCAUUAUGGAAAGGCUUUAUAAUUACCAAAAAAAGUUUGGUUCAUUUAAAUACGAAAUAACUAGUAUUUUAUGAGUGACCCAGGAGACAAUGGCGACUAGUGACAAGAAAAAGUUGAUACACCCAUCUAAUUGAGUUAGUAAUGUUAGUAUCGCUUAGAUACGAAAGAAAUGUAUAAAACAAAUUUAAAUCUAAAUUAUAAUUUAUAUAUUGUGUAUUUAGAGUAUAAGUAACUGUGAUAGCUGUUAAAUUUACGUUUUAUAUUGAUUGGUGCUGAAAUAAAACGGUUGAGGAUA